AUGCUCGGCGACUGGGUAAUCCGCGCCCGUGAGAGAGCCCGAGGGAUGUACGUGAUGCGCCUUGCCUAUCUCCUGACUUCGGUCGGAGAACAACGCAAAACUUUCGUUGUUCACGAAGCGGCCCUUCGCGAAUUUUCCCCUUUCUUCGACAAGGCAUUGACCGGAGAAUGGAAGGAGGCUAGGGAGCGCGUUGUACAGCUGCCAGAGGAAGAUCCCGAGGUGUUUGACAUAUUCGUCCAUUGGGUCUAUUGCGGCAAGCUCCCAUUUAGCAUCGAUGAACAUACCGGCGAUAUCGACGCAGAAUAUAUGGAGCUAGCGAAGGCGUAUGUUUUCGGGGAGAAGCUGCUCAGUCCAGAAUUCCAGGAUAGGGUGGUCGACGUGGUGGUUGAAAAGAGUCGUGCUGACAGGAACCAUCGGCAUUGGAUGGAGUCAUGCCUUGGGAUGGAUGUCGUUCGGUAUGUCUACGGGCACACGCUAGAAGGAACUCCGCUGCGCAAACUCGUCGUGGACAUCUUUUUUGAAUACGGAGACAAGACUUGGCUGGAUGGUGAGAUUGAUGUCCCGCAACCCUUUACUCGGGCUCUCGCCAUGCAUCACCUGGCUGGUCGUGUUUGGGAUGAGAAUUGGGUUUACUCAUCAUUCAGGUAUUACUCUGCGGGUGAAUUCUCGGAGUUCUGA